AUGUACGAUCAGGUAGCGCUCCUCGCAGCGCAGUACUUUGAACAAGUCGACCCUCCGAACCUCACCCUCCCCAAUGGCCCCACUCUCGUCACCCCCGCCAUACAAAAUGCGAUCUACGAGAACAUGUUCAAUGAAGACACGGCAUGGCCUCUCCCUCCAGCUUCAUACCAGACUCGCGUUCUGAAGGUCAUUAUUGCACGGAUUGAAGAAGCGAUCUGCGAUCCAGAGGAGGAUGAAAUCCUCGACAGCCUCCUGGAGAAAUGGACCUCUCUCCUCUCGACACCCAGGUCCUCCGCCCUCGAACAGGCUCAGAACCUCACAUACAUCAGAUACACCGCUCCAUCCUCGGCCGCAGCCUCCGAAAGCACAGAGUCCAGAACAAUAAUAACUUCCGAAAACCGCUCGCUAAUCCUUGCCUCGGGGACAACUGGCUUCCGUACCUGGGAAGCUGCCCUGCAUUUAGGUACAUUCCUCUCGACUACAAAUCUCGGUCAAUCUCUGGUUGUCGGCAAGCGCGUGUUAGAGCUAGGUGCUGGAACGGGAUUCGUCUCCCUUCUGUGCGCGAAACACCUAGCUACUGAGAGUAUGCUGGUUACGGAUCGCGAUCCGACGCUUCUCGAGCAGAUAGAUGACUGUAUUGCAAAGAAUGGCCUUGAGAAGACCAAGAUUCGAACGGGGAUCUGGGAGUGGGGUUCACCACUGCAGGUUCCUCGAUUUUCUCACGAUGAUGAAACUGCAACAGAGCGUGGCUUGACCGGUUUUGACAUUGCGCUGGGAGCAGAUCUUAUCUACGACGUCGACCUCGUCCCCCUGCUCGUCUCCACAAUCAGAGAUCUCUUCGACAAUUACUCGUUGCACGAGUUUGUCAUCUCCGCAACAGUGCGGAAUGAAGAUACUUUCCGCACAUUUCUAGACGCCUGCAAACGGAACCGCUUCGCUGUAGACCAGAUACCCUUUGACUCUCCGCCAAGAGAAACACAAACGGGCUUCUUCCAUUCGACUAGUAUCCCUAUAAGGACGUACCGAAUCAAAGCUUCAUCUUGA